AGGCCGCCGAGGUGGCGUUCGGCUACGUAAGGAUUGCGGGGCUGGAGGCGGGUGCACCGGACAACCGCACGCUGCUGCUCAACCCCACGCUGUGCGAUGCGCUGUUCAAGGGCUUCAUCAAGAAGGGCGAGACCUACCCCACCCACCUAGCCAAGGCGGACCUGCGGGAGGCCUUCAUGCGCCGCAUGCACAUGCAGUGCCGCGUGACACGGGGGAACCAACAGGUUGUACGGAAGGGUCAGCCGCCUGUCGUACAGAUCAGUACGGAGAAGCGGCAGGGCAACAAGCGGGUGACCAAGGUGGUGGGGCUGGAGCCGUUCCUCGUGGAUCUGGAGCAGGUGGCGGGCGAGUGUCAGCGCAAGUUCGCAUGUUCCACAAACGUGGUGGAGCUGCCGGGCAAGGGAGCGGGCCACGAGGUCGUACUGCAGGGAUCCUUCCUGGAUCCAGUUGCGGAUUUCAUCAUGCAGCAGUACGGCAUACCCAAAAAGUACUUCCUGGUCAAGAAGUGAUGAUGAUGAUGAUGAUGUUGGGAAAGGAUAUUGGAGAAAGGCCGGAAUGGGGGUGUUGUAGUGCGCCUUGUGUGCCUAAUAUUUGUCAAUAUGUGUGCGUGGCAGGAUGUGGCGGCAGUGGCAGCCGGCAGGGCGAGUGGGCGAGGGCAGGACAGGGGGCUUGAAAGCAAGGAGGAGGCGCCACUCGCGGGACGGCCCAUGGGUCAGUGCGCAGGGGCUGAGCGCGGAGGCGGCUGCGGUUCGCAAGUGCGGUUCCAGCGGGGCCCCGCAUCGUUAGCUGCGGCUCUGCCGGUCGCUGCUAGCGCAGGUAGUCCAGAAGGUGGCGGACCAGCAGCAGCAGCAGCCGCAGCCGCAGACGCCGAGACUCCAGCCCGCAGGGGGGUGUGCUGCGAGGUUGAGGUUUGGGCUCCGAUUAGGCCGGGAUAUUACCAGCCCCUUACCUUCAGUACUGCUGCACCCAACGCG